AAAGUGUUUAAGGCCGUGUGUCACGGUACAAUCGCUUAUAAGGACCUCGCAUGGUUGUAGCCCCAGCUACAACAACGUUCCUCUUUUGCUUUGGUGUAACGGGUACUACCUUGGUCUGGUCCCGUAACACCGUGGCUAUAUCCAUGCCAAUUUGCUUUACCUGGAGGGGUAAUGAGGAACGAGUUGAAGCGGCGUGGCGGGCAUAGCGGGCUUGGAUGGGAUAGCUUCUAGUGGUGGUAAACUGGGGCCCUGGGCUUUGGCAACAGCGGUGAGAACGAUGUUGUUGUCGGUGUUGAGCACGAAGAUAGGGGUGGGCAGAUGCAGGCGCAAGGGAGGAAGGAGACAUGGUGUGGUGUUUAAUCGUUUGUUGGUGAUGUCGGUGGAGAAGCAUGGAGCUGGAGUUUGGGGGCGGGGUUCAUUGAGGUUUUUGUUCGGGGCUCCUGGCUGGCUGCCAUGCCCACCAAAAAUAUUGCAAUUUUGCGUAUCCUAAGGAGUAGGUCCUGCCUUGCGACUCUUUUGCCGUGUCACUAAUGCUAGCCAGCUCCUCUUCAAGUCUUGCAAAUGGCGAAAUGAGGGUGAUGCUGAGCCACCUCGUUUGGGACUUGAAGGUCUAGCUUGCGGCUGGGUCGGCCAACAGGAGCGCCAUGAAGAAGAACAUCUUCAUCCGGGGCAAGCCAAGCAUUCUCGUUGUGUUCCGCGAGCCUGAGGGAGCGGUACGCCAAGUGAAAGGCGAUGCCCCCUUUAGGUGCUAGUCAUUGUGACUCAUCCAAGCUUGACGCAUCAGCAAACGCGGCAUCCAUAAAAGGCAAUGCUCCCCCUUCUCGCUUGCAACAGCAUCACGUCCCCGGCCAGACUACCUACUUGGAUAUGCGUCAUCAUACAUCGCCCGACGUCCUUGUGACGGGCUCCUCGGGCCAUCUGGGCCGCGCGCUCAUGCUGUCUCUGCACUCGCACGGCCACACGCCGCUCGGGGCAGACGUCCUCCCCUCGGAGACGACCCAUCGCCAGGGCUCCAUCGCGGACCGCUCGUUCGUCGAGUCGCUGUUCCGCGAGAACCCCGGCCUCCGCCACGUCAUCCACGCCGCGACGCUGCACAAGCCGCACGUGGGGUCGCACUCCAAGGCCGACUUUGUCGACGUCAACAUCACCGGCACCCUCAACCUCCUCGAGGCGGCGGCCGCCACGCGCGAUGCCCAGGGGCGAGACGGGAUCAAGUCCUUCGUCUUUGUGUCCACCACGUCCGCCUUCGGCCACGCCCUGAGCGGCCGGGCGGGCCGGGCGGCCUGGAUCGACGAGGACGUGGCGCCAGUGCCCAAGAACAUCUACGGCGCCACAAAGACGGCGGCCGAGGACCUGUGCCGCCUGGUGCACGCGCAGGCGGGCAUGCCGACCGUGGUCCUGCGCACGGCGCGCUUCUUCCCCGAGGAGGACGACGACGACGCGCGCCGGGCGGCCGCGCCGCAGGAUGGGAACCUCAAGGUGCUGGAGCUGGCGCACCGGCGCGUCGACAUUGCCGACGUGGUGGGCGCGUGCGUGUGCGCCAUGCGGACCGCCUCCGGUGGCGGCGGUGAUGGCCCGUUCUGGGGCCGCUACGUCGUCAGCGCGCCGACGCCGUUUGGGCGCCAAGACGAGACGCUGCGGCGGCUGGGCGGCGGGGAGGCGGCGGCGGUGUACAAGGAGUGCGUGCCGGGCAUCGAGGCGGCGUUUGCGCGGGCUGGCUGGGAGUUCCUGCCGACGGUGGACCGCGUUUACGAUGCGUCCAGGGCUAUGCGAGACCUCGGGUGGCGGCCAGAGUACACAAUCGAGCGGGCUGUCGAGAAGGUGGCCAGGGGGGAGGAGUGGAGGAGCGAGCUGACGUUGCUGGUUGGCAAGCUCGGAUAUCACGAGACGGCGCAGGGAGUGUACACUACUCGGGGAUAG